AUGUCCCUUCCUCGAGCACUGAGCCCCGUGAGGCUCCUCCUCGUCUUCGUCACUCUGGUCUCGCUGUUCCUGUUUCGAUCCUACUACCUUCCCAGCCCCGGCCCAGAUGCCGACUAUAGCCUUUCUUCUCCAGCAUCCUUCUGGAAAAGCUCGAGCUCCUCCUCCUCCUCUGCCGCUGUCGAUGAUGUAGCUGACGUCGAGCUUGAAGACGGUUACUACGAGGUUGAGCAAGACUCCGAUCUGGUCCCUCAAACUGAAGAGUAUGAAGAGUAUGCGUCAACGGACACGGAACAAGACCUUGAGUCUGGGUCUCAACCCGAGCUGGAGCCUGGUAUGGAUGCUGCUUCUGAGCCUGAACCUGAACCCGAAUCCGGCUAUGAGUUCGCGCCCGAGUCCGAGUUCGAAUCCGAGUCUGAAACCAAGCCAACUACUUCUCGCGAAACUGUCCUCCCGUCGGCUCCUACACAGAAGUCCGACCCUCGGAUCCCACCAUGUCGCCAAUUGCCGGGCGCGGACAAAGUCGUGGUCAUGGUCAAGACAGGGGCUACCGAAGUCUUUGCUCGUGUCCCCGAACAGCUCGUCACACUGGCUCAGUGCGUACCUAACUUCAUGGUCUUCUCGGAUAUGGAGCAGCAGGUGGGAGAGUUCCGUAUCCAAGAUGCGCUGGACGAGAUUGGACAAGAAUACAAAGAGAACCAUGAUGACUUCCGGUUCUACAAUGACGUCCACGCCGCCCAUGUUGCGCACGGCGACGUGAGCGUGCUGGGAUCUGACAGAGCCUGGGCGCUGGAUAAAUGGAAAAAUAUUCCCAUGCUUCACAAGGCUUACCUGAAGUAUCCCGACGCAGAAUGGUUUGUCACAAUCGAUGCCGACACAUAUCUCAGCUGGGCGAAUCUCCUGCUUCUUCUCGACACCAUGGACCCCGACGAACCGCUGUAUGCAGGCUGCGUCUAUUGGCAUGGCCCUACUGCCUUUGCACAAGGCGGCACAGGCUACCUAUUAUCUCGCAAUGCGGUCCAGAAAUUCGAAGAGAUCCGCACCCCUGAGAAGAUCGCCGAUUGGGAGAAAGAGACUUCCACGAUCUGCUGCGGGGAUGUCAUGCUGGGAGUUGCAAUGGGCCACGCCGGAGUCAGCGUCAGCGGUGCCUGGCCCAUGUUCCAAGUGGACCCUCCAUCCGGCUUCGUCUGGGCCGAUAACGUUUGGUGUACUCCGGCCAUCACUUGGCACCAUGUGCAUUCGUACGAGGUGGAAGCGCUCUGGCAAUUUGAGAAGGACUGGAUCAAUAAGACCUGGGACGACGAAGACCCGGGCGCAGUUCCUUACCUAUACAAGGAUGUUUUUGAAGAUUUUGUCCGGCCCCACAUCUCCGAGGAGAAGAAAGACUGGAACAACCUCUCUGGGGACAGAACCUUUACACAACCUAAAGAGGACCACGUGAAAGAAGACAACGACUGGGACUGGAAAAAUGACGAUGAGAAGCAAAACAUGUGGGAUGAGCUUGGCGAGUUCGAGAAGAAAUCCGUUGAAUCAAUCCAAGACUGCCGUGCCGUCUGUGAGAAGGACAAGCAAUGUAUGCAAUUUGCGUGGCAUCCCGGAACCUGCAAACUGAGCCACUCCAUCAAGAUGGGACGGCCGGUCGAUUCCAAAGAUGAGUACACCUCCGGGUGGAUGAUCGACCGGGUUGAAAAAUUCAGCGCAGCCAGAUCGAAGUGUGGCGAGGUUUCCUUCAAAAUUGGCUGA